AUGGGGCACCUACUAUGGGUCAGGCGCGGCGCCGGGGUCCGCGACACCCCAGACAACGAGGCAGCCGCCACCCUUGCCCCUUGCAGCUUGCGGGGCGGAGCCCGAGCGGGCGGGCGGGGCGCUCCCGGAAGACGCGGGCGCCGAGUCCUCGACGUCGGAUCCCCAGCCCUCCGCGCGCCCUCCACGGCUCUCCGCGGCCGGACUCCGGCCGUCCGCACCCCUCUCCCCCGCCCUCUUCACCCUGAUCCCCAGCCCUCCCCUCCCCACUCUCUCCAUCCCGAUCGCCGGCCUUCCGCACACCCUUCCCGCUGUCGGCGUCCGGAUCCUCGGGCCCUCAUCUUUGAACCUCUGCGCCCCUCACCUCCCGGCCCCUGGCUCUUCCCGACCCGGGCACCCGGUGCCUGGGUCUCCGGCGGUCCGCACUGCUCCUCCCCCACGCCGCGGCUCUCAGCCCUUUGUCCCGGGUGUGCCUUCCUUCUUCCCCCGCACCACCCUUGCCUCCGCCACCCCCCGGCUCUCGGCACCCGGGCCCUCCGCGCCGACCUCCACCCCCAACCCCGCCUAGCCCCUCCGCGCUGUGGCCCUCGGCGGGUGCCCGGGCACCGAGCUGGUGGUGUGGGGUGUCCUGCGGCCGCCAGGCUCCGGCUCCGCCCGCGCGGCCACCUCGCGCAGGUCGCGUCCCCGCUCUGGGCCUGGCCGGGCGUCUGGCUUGGCCCCUCCCGUCCUCACAGUCGGUGCAGUUCUGAAAGCCCCCGAAGGCGCAGCCGGCUUCAGGCCUUAGGUUUAGGCGAGGUACCGGGAGGGAGAGGGGUGUGGGGCGGGGACGGAGGGGCCGGACUGCGCGGAGCCUGCCCACGCUUAGCCUGCACGCGGGGUCCGAGCGGCGCAAGAUCUCGCUGGCACCCCACGCUUAAGUGGGAUACUCAGCUGUGGCCCUGGACUCGUGUCAGCUUGCCUCAAGCGUGAACAUAGAGUCUGCUUGUCGCACCUGAGGGGUUUGGAGCUCCGAAAAGAACUCGGCCUUUUAAGAUCAUCUGGAUGCUCUCGUAAUGCCAGACUCUGUUGGCUUCUGCUUGGUACUUUACCCAAA